ACUCCCCCUCUGGCCUGCACUCACAUAGGGUUUCAGCAUUCGUGCCGGAGCACGCUUACGUCAUUAUGGUGCGACGGUUUCGGGAUAAACAGGAAGAGUGGCGCUCUCUUAACACAAUGGAGUGCAUCGCUCUGUUUUCUUUGUGGAUAAUUUUGUGUUGUUUGGUCCACAGACUGUUGUUAAACAGAUGUGUCGCCUUAGUGGCGCGAAAAUUUUCACGUAAUCGUGCUGCUCGUAUGAGGAUGUUUGCAAGGACUUUGCAGUUUUUCGUUUUUAUGCGUUUUGCACCUCUGCCGUAGACCAAAGCGACCCUUUCCCUGCCAUGUUGGUUUUGGAGCGUCGCAAAACCGUGACGCAACGCGUCCUUUUCCGUGCUCCAGCACGGUUAGCGCUCACACUGCAUGCGAACCGCGCCCGAGUCCAACUGAACCGUGCCCUGGCCCACCUCUUCCAAGCGGGCCAGGGCCGGCCAAUCGAGCCGCGCCCCGGCACGGUUCGGAGCACUCACACUAGUCAAACGAACCGCGCUUUGGUGGUCAAACGCACUCGGGCACGGUUCAAACUGGCAGUGUGAGUACACCCUAAAUCACUGGUAACUUACAACAAAAUAAUUCCCGGGGGGUGGGGGGUGUGUCCCACCGAAGCUGAGACGAAACCUACGCGCAUGAUCGAUACAUUGUUGUACAAAGUUGGCUAGAAGACAUGAGCUGCAAAACACUAACGGUUCCAGCUCGUAUACUCCGUCAUUUUUUCCACAAACCUCGUGGAGUUGUUCACCUGGAUCCAAUGCGGAUGUACUAUGGGUCCCGGCAGGUGGUCCCGGGAUCAGCCGUCCGCACCGUUGACCUCCGCAGUGACACGGUCACCAAACCCGGAGCAGGCAUGCGCCGAGCCAUGGCCGAGGCAGAGGUCGGAGACAAUGUGUUCGGAGAAGACCCCACGGUUAAUGGUAAGUGCUGGCUUGAGGGUAUUCAAGAAACAGGUUAUGUGACACACCCAGAACUACAAAAGUUUGCUGCUGAUAUGUUUGGCAUGGAAGCAGCUUUGUAUGUCCCCACAGGAACGAUGAGUAACCUGAUUGCAGUUAUGGUGCACUGCAGAGAGAGGGGGGAUGAGAUGAUAAUAGGUGAUCUCUCUCAUAUUCACGUUUACGAGCAAGGGGCAAGUGCACAGGUGGCAGGCGUCCAUUCUGUAACAGUCACUACUCUUGCCGAUGGCACCUUUGACAUCAACCAGUUGAUUUCCAAGAUCCGUCACGGUUACCCUAACCAACACUACCCACGCUCCCGCCUGGUUUGUGUGGAAAACACGCACAAUGUUCAGGGAGGCCGCGUCCUCCCACUAUCCUUCCUGCAGGAGCUUCGGUCUGUGGCUGAUGAGUUUGGUUUGGCUGUGCAUAUGGAUGGAGCGAGGGUGAUGCAUGCAGCCGUGGCUCUGGGCGUCCAACCCGCUGAUAUACUGCAGCACUGCCACUCUGUCAGUGUGUGUCUGUCCAAGGGACUCGGAGCACCUGUGGGCACCAUGCUAGGUGGGUCAAAAGAUUUCAUACAGAGGGCAGUACGUGCCUGCCAGGCACUUGGCGGUGGGAUGCGUCAGUUGGGUGUCUUGGCAGCUGCUGGUAAGAUUGCCCUGUCAGACAUGAUUGGCAGACUGGAGGAAGACCACAGGAAAGCCAGAAGCUUUGCUCAAGCAUUGUUAGAGUGUGACCCUCCUCUGUACCAGUUGGAUCUGAACACUGUGGAAACCAACAUUUUGAGGUUCCAUCUGCGGGACACCCAGAUGAGCCCGGUGGAGUUCUGCAAGCGGAUGGCAGGCGUAGAUGAAGAAGAGGUGGAGGCUCUGGGCCAGGGGGUCAAGGUUCUGAUGUUCCCCCAUCUCAGGGGAGCAGUCAGGGCUGUGUGGCAUCUGGGCAUCAGCGAGGAAGACACUCAGCUGGCUAUACUGAAGGCUCAGUUUGUGGCCCAACAGCACAAACUUAAGUCGAGCAGGGCAUCUUGAUAAGAGCUUUUGACCAAUCAGAGGUGUCUUCACACCAGUCUUUUGGUCCCAGGAACCUUUUUAAAAAAAGGUAAAACUGCAAAAUGACUUAACUGUAUUCACUACUGAAGGAUCUGAUUUACAUUCAUCAUAUAUUUUUGUUUUACUUUACUUUCUUUUAAGUUCAUUUAUUCUUCAGUCGUUCAUUUAUAGUCAUUUUAUUAUUCCAUUAAAUCAAAUCAUAUAAUCAUUAUAGACAUUAUAUAUUAAUUUAGUUGAUUUGUUUGUUAUAUAUUGUCGUAUAUUAUUGCUUUUGAUAUUAUUUUUCCAUUUUGGUGCAGUUUUAUGACUGUAUUUUUCAGGCGCUGUUUGUCUUUAUUAAGAAGAGAUAAGAGGGAAUAUUUAUGGAAAUUCAAGGUUUAUGGUAUGUUGUUGUGAAGCUGUUUGGUAUAACACUACUUGUUGUGAUUUAGGAGCAUUGAAAAAGAAUAUUCAAUAAACUCUGCUACUUUUUAAUCAUCAUCA